AUGAAACUAGUUUGGUCCCCAGAGAGAGCAUCUAAAGCAUACAUCGACACAGUUCAAUCCUGCAAGAUUUUCCAUGAAUCAGGUGUGGCGGAGAUGGUUUCUGCCAUGGCUGCAGGGUGGAACGCACAGCUCAUAGUGGAGACAUGGUCACAGGGUGGAGUGAUCCCAACCAGCGUGGGUUUAGCCAUAGCGAGCCACCACACGGGUGGAAGGCACGUGUGCAUAGUCCCCGAUGAACGGUCGAGAUCAGAGUACGCAAAAAGCAUGUGUGAGGCUGCAGGCAUGUCGCCGGAAAUCAUGGUGGGGGAAGCAGAGGAAGUGAUGGAUGGUUUGGUUGGCAUAGAAUUCUUGGUGGUUGAUUCUCGUCGGAAGGAUUUUCCGAGAGUGUUGAGGCUUGCCAAGUUGAGCAGCAAGGGUGCCGUGCUGGUUUCAAAGAAUGCUUGCUGUUCCUCUAAGACUGGUUCCAGUUUCAUAUGGAGGAGUGUCCUUGGUCAAGGAUCGCGCCGUCUUGUUCGUUCGGUGUUUCUUCCGGUGGGGAAAGGCCUUCACAUGGCACACUUGUCGGCCACCGUAUGUAACAAUUCUGUUUCACCACUCAAGGCUGGUAAUGGUCAUGGACAUGGACAUGCCAAGAGAUGGAUUAAGCAUGUUGAUCAACAAUCAGGGGACGUGCACUUUAUUAGAAGAUGAAUUCAUAUAUAUAUAUAUAUAGUUCCCUGCCAAACCUUUUUUUUUGUUU